CUUGUUAUGUAAAUAAAUGUUGUUUCAAACGUUAUGGAUUAAUGACAUUGGAAACGUGCUUGGCAUGUGUUUACUUUACUUUUAUAAUAAAUGUGAAAAUUAUCUCUAAGCCCCGUGGAUAUAUGAUCUGGUAAAAAACUACCGCUAUGGGAAGUACAAAUGAUGAAAAUGAUAUUAAAAAAAGAAUGCAUGCCCGGGAGCUCGUCUCCAAUACAAUGUCCGGUUCUCGCGACAUGUCUUCUGUUCAAGAUAAUCCGAACGGACGCAUUAUUAACGACAGGGCUUCCAACAGAAUGAAUUUGGCUCUUUCUGGCCACACCACGACGGCUAAGGGAUAUGUCAUCGUUCCCCCACAAAAAGCAAAAAUGAUCGCUUUUGAAUACGAGCAUGUCCCGGCCGACGUAACAGACAGCAAAAGACAUCUUAGCGACACUUCGACUAUUUUGUCAGAAACUGGAGCCAUACACAAGUCGAGUAUAGAAAAUAUGACUUACAGGCGUUCAGAUGCAGGAAUAGCGAAUGCUAAUAGAAAAGCCGCUGUGGUGUCCGAGUCAUCCGCUCCUCGCCAAUACGAGUUUGGAAAUAUUACCCUCAAAGGGACACAUAUCAAUGAUAUGAACAAAGCUGUAUCGACCAGAGCAGAUGAAUCGCACCAUUCACGCGAAGUUCAGGACGGCCGUGAUCAUCGUUCUAACACAAAAAGGACUACAUCAAGUAAAGUAAGCACAACCAAGUUCGACGGUUCAUCUGAUGUCGCUUCCAUACGCGAAAAAUAUGGAGAACGUAGAAAGGAUAGAAACAUUGCUGGUUAUGAUCAGCAUUCAUUGCGAAAUUCAAAUAAUUGUGAAGAAAAUUUGACAGGCUCACGCGGGAGGGGUACUGGCGGGCGCCGCAGAAGGCCUGAACGACUGAAAGCGCACUCUAAUGAGCUGCUCUGUAAACAAAAUCGUUCCGAGCAUAAGCCUUCCAACGCCGUGGGCAAUUCUAAUAGCAAUAGGCGUAAGUACUCUCCAUAUUUGCCUUCAUACAUACAGCCGGUUGUUGCAGAAACAAGCACCCAUCGAGCCGAAAGUAAUUGCAUUUCGUACGGUCGUCGGCCAUUUGCUGCUGAACGCAGCAGAAAAAUUUCAACGGAAAUGAAUAAGUUUUCUAGUACUAGCAGCAGUUCAAGCUCUGAUUCUGACUGCAAUUCUCCGAAUCACCGCAACUCGAAGACGGUUAUUGAAACCUUAACCAAAUCUCGAAUGCUAUCAACUGAAACACCUGAUACAUCGGACCCCGAAAGAAAAAGGUCGGAGAUUCGAAGAAGAAGGCCCAGGAGGGUGCGUGUAAUUGAUAGUGGUAGUAAAGAAAGUGCAAGUGUUAGAGUUGUGAAUCCCACCGAUAACGAGGUAAAAGACGUGGUACCGGUACGUCGGGGGAGGGGCCGUCCAGAAAAAGGGUUAACCAGACGUUACGGACGCCAGGUUUUACCGGUUCUGGAAGACAAAUACGUGAGUCUUCCUGAUAACUAUAAACAAACUGACCUUUGCGAGUUCGGUAACUUGACUGGCGAUGGCAGCAUGGCGCAGUUGACAGAGUUCCAAUAUUCCCAAGGUGAUGUGGAAGAGGAACGCUGCAGUAACGUGAGAAAACUAUCUUCCAAAUGCGAUCGACGCACUGACUCUCAUAUUGGCACGGAAAAACGGUCAGACGGCCUUCGCUUUCAGGAAGGGGAUGAUAAUUUUUCAUGUUCCAAUGGGAAUGAGUUAAUAAUUAGUGGUAGCAGUGAGGCUAAUUACACCAGAAGUAUUAGUCCUGACUCUGUAGAACAACCAGAUCAAGAGUCUAUUGCCUCAGAUCACUUUAACAAGUCUGUAUGGACUGCUAGUUCGAAUACAUCACAACAAAGCACACCACGAUCGCCAUCUAGCAGCGUUGCUUAUAUUGAAGUAGCAAAGUCAGAAAAGCGAAGGAAUAAAGAAUCUGGAAGUGUUGAAAACAUAAGAAACUUUUUUGAAGUGGAAGUAACAAAAACAAAUGAACUGACUACUCGGAGUACCAGCAUUUCUAAAACUUCAAAAACCAAAAAAGAGGAUGUUCCAUUAAUUCAGGCUCCUAAAAUCAAAGCUACCAAGGUGGGGGAAGAUUAUUGGCCACGUGACGAGGAUACGGAGCGUCUUCUCAUUCACUCACGAUCGACUUCCAUCCCAUCAACUUUGGCCUCGACAUGCAACAAUCACUAUAAAUUCUCCACAACAUUGACAAUGCAGGAAACGAUAGACCAAUUAACUAAAAUUGCUUCUGCUGAUGACAGUCCGAAACCUCGAUCUAGUUCGUAUUCAUGCAUCAGUGGAGAUUUACCAAUGAAACAUGAGCUAGAUGGUCAUCAAAUGGAGCGUAGCAUAUAUGGAAAAAUAAGUCCAACUGGCCGUAAUGACGUUACAAACUUUCCUAAGGUACAAAUGGUCAAAAAUUCCUCUCAGGAUUUAUCGCCUUGCAUGAGCAGUACAGAGACUCUGAAAGAUGGAUCAGGUGAAUACCAAGGUCAUAAGUCAACAUCCCUGUGUGUUGACAGUACCACAUCAAACCCUGAAACUCCAUUGAGUUUUAAGCAAGGACGAUCCACGCAUCAAAACUCAAAAAUAAAGUAUGCACAUUUACAAUCAAUUAAUAGUAACGAACUUAUAAUCGUUGAAGGUCCUGAGGAAAUGCCUAUUGAAACAAAAUCUACUUUUUCAAAUUCAAGCAUCUAUUCAAAUUCUGCUGUAGAUUUGAGUAAGUCGAAGAGUAGCAAGUCAAUGCUCGAACAAAUGAAGGAACUGACUGAGUCAUUGAAAAAAAUGAGCCCACCUCAACAUCCAAGUAUCGCUACUUGGCAAAAAGGAGUUUCAAGAACUGAACCUGUUUUAAGUGUAUCACCAAGGGGUAAUGUAACAAGCCAUCCACCCAAUCUUGAGACAUUGAAUGAACAUCCCGAGCCCCCUUCACCAAAUUUUACUUCCAAACAAUGUGAUGAUCGAAUUGAUCUUUCACAGACAAAUUACCUAAGGAGUUCAGAACCUGAAUUAAGGUAUAAAAAUGCGAUAUUACUUGAAGAUGAUGGAGGCAUACAUACCCAAAAGAUUGAACACGCUUAUCCAAGUAUAUUUUCAAAAUCGGAUGGAAAAAUUACUACGUCUAAUGCUGGAAAAGGAUGUGGUACAUCAUCUGAAAAUUUAAACAAGAAUAGUAUGAUUAAACCUAACCAUCCCAGAGGUGAUAUUCUUCCUUCUCAAGUUGGAAAAGGAGAUUCAACUGUAUCCUUUAGCCAAACAUCACAAAGUGGUUAUAGUAAAUCAAGUAAGCCUUCAUCUUCAUGGGGUGAUACUUUAAACAAUAUGGAUUUUGUAAAUGAAUCUCAUGAGAUGCAACAUCAUGAUAUUUAUAAGUAUCAAGUAAAGGCUGUGAAAAAGAAAUCUAGAAGUGAUCCAAAUCCAGAAAGGAUAAUGGACAUAAAUGUUAGAGGAAGAGACUCCGGUUCUGGUAUUAAUAACUUCAAAAUACCUAGCUCAUCUAGUGAACCAAAUGUUAUGGAGCAAAUUGAUGAACUCGAACCCUUAGACCAAUUUAAAAAAUACCAAGUAACAAAGAAUGAUAAUAGAAAAACCGAUGAGCAGGUACUUAACGAGACAAGUCUUCAAAUGUCUCAAAGAAAUAGAAAGAGCAGCAUGAAAUCACGAAUAAGAGAGCAAAAUGUUGCAAUGCCAGUUGGAUAUAGCAUAGUGAAACAAUUAAUGGCAGAGAACAACAAUUAUUCAGACCCUGUUGUUUUAACUAACCGGCUGUCAUCAACAUCUUCCUCUAUGGCUUCUGAAGAAAUGGGCCCAGUACAGAAGCAUCAACCUGAUACGCUUAUUGAACCAUCUUUGAAGCAAUUCAAUAAGGUUUUUGCCAGCAUGCAACCCAGAGACACACAUCGUGAGGCUUUCGAUCAGGAAUCAUAUUCUGUUGAUCACCAUCGUUCUAUGAGUGAACCUGUUCAAAAUGAUUGCAUCUCAGAUUCCCCUAAAUUCGAAGAAAUUUCAAGCAACAGGGGCAGGAGAGCUGGCAUUAUACAGGCUCCUACCUUUGAAAAUGUGGAUACUGAUAUAAGUCGAAUACAGAGUGCACAAUCUGUGGAUACAGUAUUUAUAUCAGAAGGAAAGGAAGACUAUAUAUUCCCACCUAAUAAAGAUAAAAGGGGCCAUGACAUGCGUCUACAUGCUUUUAGAAACUUGUUAGAGACAGAGGAGUCUUACCUCAGUUCUUUAAGAAUAUUGUAUCAGGACUAUAUGACACCACUGAAACAUCCCGAAAACCACUCAACAUGCGAGCCGAGACUUGUAGAUGAAAUGUUUUAUAAGAUCCCACAAUUGUACCAACAUCAUGAAAAGUUUUAUGAGAAUGUUCAAAAAUGCUAUGAAGACUGGACUUGUAAUGAUGUGCGACUUGGAGAACUGUUCCUAAACUCGUUCAAUAAAGAUGCACUACUAGACACAUACACAUCAUAUAUCACCAAUUAUUUGAACGCGAGAGAAGCAGUGCGGACUGCCAAAUCAAAAGAAGCUUUCAGGCGUUUUAUAGAGCAAUGUCGAAGCGAAAACAAAGAAAAACAGGGGCUGGCAGAUCUGAUGAUCAAGCCAGUACAGCGGAUACCAAGAUAUGAAUUGUUAAUAAAGGACAUGCUGAAACAUACACCUGAUGGCCAUCCGGAUCGAGAUGGUCUUCUGAUCGCCCAGAAGGAGAUUCAUACUCUUGCUGUUCAGAUGAAUGUGAGUGAAAAAGAGGCGGAAAUGGCAGAGAAACAUGAUCGUCUUCUCCUGGAAAUUGAGCAGCUUGUUGAAGGCUGUGUUGACCUCUGUAUUCCUAAACGAAGAUUCAUGCGGCAGGACAUCAUUUCGGAAAUUAAAGGGGCAAAUAAAAAAGAUAGAAGUUUGUGGCUAUUCAGUGAUCUCAUCGUCUGUACCACGCGCAAGGGGCGGGCUGGCAGCACUUUCAGAAGAGGUUCCAUGCUAAAUUUGUCUAUGGGGGUUGACUAUUCAAAUAAAUACAAAUUUCUGUGGAAGUUUCCACUUGAGGAUGUGGAGCAUUUAAAAGGGAACACUGUACCGGGAAGACAUGCCGUUGAUAAACAACUACAAUCAUUACAAAAUGACUUAGAAAUUCUUACAAGUAUGCACAGACAAGCUGCUCAAAUUGAAUGCAAUCAUGUUCAAUUAGAUGAGUCUUUGAAAGAAAUAAUAAGUCAUGUCAGUCGACAAAUUGCAGAAAAAAAAAUUAUAUCUUUUCAACCUAUUUGCCCUCCAUGCCGGGUUGAACUUGGAAUCUCGACCGGGGAUGGAAUGAAGACAUUUAUUUUUGAAUUUCUCACAGAUGACAAUAAAAUACAAUUUGAAAGAAUGUUUGCAAAUGCAAAGAGUCGAUUAUCAAAUCAAAAAAAUAGAUGGGAGCCAACGUUUAUGAAGGCGAUUCCAAUCAGUAGAACAAGAGCAGGAAUGCAAUUUUCUUGUGCGGCUUCCAAUGUCGAUGAUGUUCGAGAAGUUUGGGUCUGCAAUACAGAUGGUUAUGUUGGUCAGGUUGUUUUCCUAACUCUUGACCCGGAACCAAAUCAGACUCAAUGUAUCACUGUAUGUCAUGCAAAAAUAUGCUGCAUAGCUCAAGUUCCAUCUUGGGAACGUAGACUUGUUCCAGCACAAACUCUAUUACAAGAAGUUGCAAAAGGCCCCCUUGUUCAACCUACUAAUAAUGAUGCUGCCAAUAUAAUGGCUUGGGAUGAUGACAUCGAUGACACUGAUGAAGAGAACACAAGUCCUCAUAGCACAAUGAGCAACAGUUCAUAUAGUCCAAGUCCAUAUAGUACAAUAGCCAGUAUUUCUGAAUAUCCAGACACUGCAUCCAUAGCCGAUGCUGGUAAAUCAGAUAACCAUAAUGGUGGGGCUUGGAAGAUUGAUAAUGAUGGAUCCACAUUACAUGGUAGCCUUGAAGAUUUGCUUGGACAAGGUGACAAUUCACAAGAAUUGAGGGAUGCGCAGAAAAUAUUAGCAGGCCAAGAUUUAAUGUGGCUUGGUACUGAAGAUGGAAAAAUUCACAUCUAUCAAUCAUCGGGAAGUGUUCGAGGAAACAAACAUUGUGUUCGGUUAUCUCACAAUGCAGCAGUUCAAUGUAUACUUUAUCAUGAAGCACAGGUAUUCGUAGCACUCAGCAAUGGAGAUUUAGUUAUUUAUAGCAGAAAUUUAGCUAAUGGUGAAUGGGAUUUUGAAAAUCAGAAAACAAAAUCAAAAGUGUCAUCACCACAUGCAAUCACAAAGAUGGUUGUCAUUGGGCAGAAAGAAUUAUGGUGUGGUUGUCAGAAUAUGAUUAAAAUUAUUGAUAUUCAGCAGCAUGUUGUUGUCAGUCAAUUUCCAGUCACGAAUGACAAUAAAAGACAGAUAUAUUGUAUGGUUAGUUGUGGGUAUGGCGUCUGGAUUGCACUUGAUAAACGUCCACAGAUUAAACUUUACCACACAGUUACGCAUGAUUUACUCACUGAUGUCGAUGUAUCAACUCCUGUCAGCAAAAUGCUUGCAAGUGCAGAUGCCAUCAUUCGGCAACACAAAUCAGCUUGUCUCCGGAUCACUGCGCUUUUAGUAUGCAAUGACUUGCUCUGGGUGGGAACAAGUGCUGGUGUUGUGUUGACUUUGACAUUACCCAAAAUAACAUCACACACUUCAGCCCUAGCUAUGCCUGUUAUACCACAAGGACUCGCAUAUGGGCAUACUGGUCAUGUACGAUUUCUUGCAUCAGCAGAGCUAGCUGAUAAAGAACAAAACAGUUUAUCUAGAGGAAAUUCACGGCGAACCUCCUCAGCAGGAAAUAAAAGGCGUUUAUCAUCCAGUUCCAAUUUAACAAAUCAAUCUCGAAACGUUUCAAUCAUUAUCAGUGGUGGAGAUGGUUAUGAAGAUUUUCGAAUGAAUUCAACCAGUGAAUCGGCUGGACGUGAUGAUAGCACUAACCAUCUAUUGGUGUGGAGAGCAUGAAUAAAGAAAUAUUGGCAAGUUAAUAAUACUGUUUACUUUCCUGUCUGCUGCUGAAUUUGUCAUGACAUGGGUGAAGUGAUACACUUGGGUUUCAUUUUUGGAAUAACCGGGACACAAACUUCAUAUACAAACCUGCAAUUUCAUCUUAAUAAACACUACAUCCAACACAAAUAUCUUUGUGUCAAUCCAUUUUAAAAUUAUAUAGACAAUGCCAACCUUGAAAUAUGCCGGUCAAUACAGUAAAUAAACUCUUUAUUUAUGCAUCAUUGACUGCUCGUCUGGAGCCUAAUUAAGAGCAGAAAGUUAAAAAAAACUUGUGAAAAUUCAGUAUGUGCGAAUUUACAUUUCCGUAGAUUUCUUGCUGAAUAAUCAGUUCUAAAAAGUUCCUCAAUAUGCUGAAAGUCAACCGAGACAACGAUCAAAACAAAAUCAGUGUACCCGACCUCUACUUUCAACAACAAAAACGCUGACAAACUACUCUUGCCCUUUUACAUAAACUAUCAAAACAUCCCACUGAACUUUGAUUUCAAUUUAUAACGAGUUCAAGAGUAACUUUUAUUUCUAUUUCUCAUUGAAAUAUAUUUCUUAUUUUUUAUAUGGUGUUCCAAUGUACUUGAAGGAAUCCAUUCAUAUUUUGUAAUUAUUGAAUUUAAACUUUCAGGCAUUGUUUAAUGAUUUACAACAAAAGUAUAGCCCAGUUAUAAGAUGAUCACUAUAAAUUUCGUUAAUCAUAAAUAUGGCUGUACCUGUACAUAGUUACAUAUUUACUAGUGCUUAUGACCUGAAAUGUCUGAUUUUUGUGUUUUGUACCAGCGUAUUAUACUUUUUAUGUCUUGUUCUGAACCAAUAUCAUUUGACAAACUAUUUCUUACGAUGUCUUGCCAGAUUGAAUGAUUGACUGCUUCAAGUACUUGAAAUUAUAUUCAUUUGAAACAGAAUAUUCUUUGAUUGGCCAAUCUUGCAUCAUCGAGGUGCAAGCCUGUCAGUUUCACUUCACGACUGCCUUUCGAUGAAUGAUUUUGUCACAGUUUUAUUAUUUUAGAAAAGUUGUGCUUAUACCCCCGGAACUAAGCUGUGCUGCUCUGCCGAAUUCAUAAUAUACUUGGGGCGGGGGAAUUCAAGAUUAACUUUUAAAAGCAACAAUAUGGUAAUGGCUUUUUUUCAACCAGGUUUCAUUGAAAUUGCUUGUUUGUGACCUGAAAGCCAAUAUGUAAAAAUACACGCACUAAUAGUUUGUUCUCCACACCUUUAAAAACAUUUAGAGUGCAUGAUUUUGUAUUCACGAUCUGCUAUUCUCCAAAAAUGAUCAAUAAAGCAACUAGUUGCAAAAAUAUUUUCUUGCACAUUUUUCUGUAAUUUGCGAUGCUUACACUUAUUUGUAUUUUUCGUGAUCAACUGUAAUUUUUAAAUUAAACUACUGAUAUUGAUUUUAGCGUAUCUCUUAUUUUAUCAAUGUGCUCUUUCUUCCCUUUCCUGCUUUAAAUCAAUUGCAAAUUUUUUAACAAAGAAAUAUAUACAAUGUCCAUU